ACUGACUGCUUUCUCCCAUGUGCUUUAUUCUUCCUAGUAACAGCUUUGCGGAUCCUGAGGGACACCAGAGGACCAGCGUGGGGGCACCAGUGGCGGAUCUGGGAGUCGAGCUGAGAGUUCCUGCUUCCUGGUUCCCUGGAGCAAGAAGUGUCCUUCGUUGGGAGUCGCGGGAAGGGAGCAGCCCUUCCUGCACGCCGGGCGCCCGCCCCUUCCCCGGUCUUUCACCCCGAGGGUGUCAGGACGGAGGCAGGGGCUGGGUCCUCCUGGGAGACACCCCAUUCAGGCAGAAAGUAAAGUUUUCGGCUCCGGGGAAAGGGAGUCGGGGCUCCGCCCGGAGGAAAAGAAGCAGAGGGGCGAAGAGAGUUGGAAGAGAACUGGGGCUGAGACCAAAGGAAAAAUGCGUGGCGGGGAGCGACUGGGCUGGUCGCAGAGGUCCUGGUCCCAGAACUGGGAUCUCGAGGCCCGCGUCCCCGCCUGGGCGCGCUCAGCCUCCCCCACCGCCGCCUGCCAGCGACCCGCCCCAACCCCGCCCCGCGGCCCAGCCCGGCCCCUCACCGGCCGCCCCCUCCCGGGCGUCCCAGUCUCCUCCCCGAGGUGCCGGUGGCAGGGCCGCCACUCCCUCCGGCUCCCUCCCUCGGCUGCGCGCAUCUCAUACCAGCCUUCAUUCCGCACAUUCCAGGCGUCCUCCUGGCAAACUUGAAGCCAGGGGGUGGGGAGGGCCGCAGCUCCCGGUUCCGUCGCCCGCCGCCGCCGCCGCAUCCCGGUCAGGGUCUCAUGAAGUUGCCAAGGCUGGCCUCCAACUGGCGAUCCUUCUGCCUCAGCCUCUGAAGCAUCUGGGAUUACAGGCAAACACAGGUCCAGCGGGCGCUCCUCCAAGCGGAGCCUUGGAGGGCAACGCCGGCACCAUUACCUCCAACGAGUGGAGCUCUCCUAACUCCCCUGAGGGGAGCAGCGUCUCUGGAGGCAGUCAGGCACUGGACAAGCCCAUCGACAACGAUGCAGAGGGCGUGUGGAGCCCCGACAUUGAGCAGAGCUUCCAGGAAGCUCUGGCCAUCUACCCACCCUGCGGUCGGCGCAAAAUCAUCCUGUCAGAUGAGGGCAAGAUGUACGGUCGAAAUGAGCUGAUUGCCCGUUACAUCAAGCUCCGGACAGGGAAGACCCGCACCAGGAAGCAGGUCUCCAGUCACAUCCAGGUGCUGGCUCGUCGCAAAGCCCGAGAGAUCCAGGCCAAGCUCAAGUUUUGGCAAGGAGCUUUGCCAGGCCAAGCUGGAACAUCCCAUGAUGUGAAACCCUUCUCUCAACAAACCUAUACUGUCCAGCCUCCACUGCCUCUGCCAGGGUUUGAGUCUCCUGCAGGACCCACCCCAUCGCCCUCAGCACCCCCAGCACCCCCAUGGCAGGGCCGCAGUGUGGCCAGCUCCAAGCUUUGGAUGUUGGAGUUCUCUGCCUUCCUGGAGCAGCAGCAGGACCCAGACACGUACAACAAGCAUCUGUUCGUGCACAUCGGCCAGUCCAGCCCCAGCUACAGCGACCCCUACCUCGAAGCCGUGGACAUCCGCCAGAUCUACGACAAGUUCCCGGAGAAGAAGGGCGGGCUCAAGGAGCUCUUUGAACGGGGACCCUCCAAUGCCUUUUUCCUCGUGAAGUUCUGGGCAGACCUCAACACCAACAUCGAGGACGAGGGCAGUUCCUUCUAUGGAGUCUCCAGCCAGUAUGAGAGUCCCGAGAACAUGAUAAUCACCUGUUCUACCAAGGUCUGCUCAUUCGGCAAGCAGGUGGUGGAGAAAGUUGAGACAGAGUAUGCCCGUUAUGAGAAUGGCCACUACUCAUACCGCAUCCACCGGUCCCCACUCUGCGAAUACAUGAUCAACUUCAUCCACAAGCUGAAGCAUCUGCCCGAGAAGUACAUGAUGAACAGCGUGCUGGAGAACUUCACCAUCCUGCAGGUAGUCACCAACAGAGACACACAGGAGACCCUGCUGUGCAUCGCAUAUGUGUUUGAGGUGUCGGCCAGCGAGCAUGGGGCUCAACACCACAUCUACCGGCUGGUGAAAGAAUGAGAGACUCAGGGAGCAGGGAGGGGGGGUAGACGUGUGUGCAGGAAAUGGGGACAUGGGGAGGGGACCUGCAGGGACAUCCCCCUGAAGUGCUAAGUGAGCUGAGCAGAGUGGUCAUGAUUCUUCCUGGCAGAAAGAAACAGUGCCUGAUCCUGCAAUGCCCAUCCCCAAAUAAACCCAAGAUGUGUAUUUUCAGAG